AUGGAUUCAGCCUGGCUCUCUUCCAUCUACUCCCACUCGAGCACAUCGCGGAACCUUGCGAACGAAAGCUCGCUACAGAGGACGUGGGAUAGGUCUUCCGUGCCGAGCCAGCAGAUGGAAGGACCAUUCGCGGCAGAUCCGAGCUUGGACUUUAUGGAUGCUUUAGCUACAGACGAGGCGCUAGAAGCACCACAAGCGGCAGUCGCACCAUUCGUGCCUCCCGCUCACGGCGUUCAAGCUCUCCCAGCAGGCUUGACAGAUACAUGGCGUCCGCCCACUCCUUCUCGACCGGGCGAGCUGACAUUGGAGCAGCUAGAGCUGCAUCGGCAAAUAGCAGCAGCUCAAGAUGAUCAAUUGCCUCACCUUCCUCCCCUCACUUCGGAAGCUGAUGCUUCUCAAAAUGCCCUGGGCUCCAGAGCGGCCGAGAGUGUUGCGCCGCCGCGAGACGAUGAGAGAUCAAGGACGGGUGCGUACGCCUUGAAUCCGGAAGAUGCUCUGAGGGCCGUUUGGGAUGGACCGGUGGAGGCAGAGAGAGCGAGACAGGUCACGGAAGCGAGUAGCAGUGAUGCGCUAAGAGGCGGCGAAGGCAGUGUGGAGAGAGGCAAGCAGGUAGCAGGACAUGUUUUGACGUGUAUCGGAAGAGGGACGUAUGUAGAUGUGAGUCUAUCCUCCAGCCAUUCAGCUUGCGCGGAUUCUGCAUCUUCCAACCCUUUCGCUAACGAAAACUUGCUCGCUUGCUUUUUCGUCUGGGCGUAAAGGAUGUGUAUGGCCUACCGCCUCUUCUCGCGCAAGCAUUCAAGCAGGCCACUUCGGAGACGCAAGAUUCAGACAGCGAUGCCAUGCGCGCUCGAGCCAUUGCUCGUCUCGAGGCGCUCACAAGGCAUUUGACCCUCAGCGAUACCGAUCGACAAGCAGGAACUGCGGAGAAAACAGCAGCAGCCGAAAAUUGGCUCCGGCGAAAUUGA